UAUGCUCCCUUUCACUUAUUGCCGUCCUCCACCUUAUUAACGUAACUCCAUUCAAUUUACUUUUUUACCCUUCAAAUUAAUCCACCUGGGAAGUAACAUCUAGAAGGGGCCACUGUCGUCAUUUCCCAAAACAUCCAACCCUACCCACCGGGAGCUUUUUCAUCAAAACUAAUCAGCCACGUGAAAACGCCAGUGUAACUUAAAGAAAUUACAUUACGAAGUAGGUGAUAAUCGCCCUGCCGCGUACAGUAACGGAAAUUUCCGACAGGACGACGAAACUUACUCUGUAGAGUUUGGUCAAGAAGACUGCUUUCGAGUUCUCUUAUUCUUAAGACUUAAGAAGAAAGAGCCAAACGACUCACAAAACGUGGCGUUGCAGAGAAGGCAAAGCAGCUGUCGUUGGUCCUGUUGUAUUUUUAGAGUUUUGUGUAUUUGGAAGAGGGAAAUAAAUCAAAAUCCAAAAGUUUUUCCUUUUGGCGGGAAUUCAAACACCUAAUCAUUGAGGGAGAUUCGUUUGAUUAGAAAGAGAACGAGGCAGUGAAUUUGAAUUUCGAAUCUUGUGAGUGAUUGAGGAAGGAAGAAAAAAAAGAAGAGUGUGUGAGAGAGGGAGGUGGACAAGUAUGGGGCUGCCGGACAAUUCGAUGGGCUUGAUUUUGGCCGUCGCGUCGAGCGCGUUUAUAGGUUCGAGUUUCAUUUUGAAGAAGAAAGGACUGAAACGUGCUGGAGCGUCUGGCACACGAGCAGGAAUUGGAGGUUACUCCUACUUAUUAGAACCACUGUGGUGGGCAGGCAUGGUGACAAUGAUUGUUGGAGAGGUUGUAAAUUUUAUUGCUUAUGUUUAUGCCCCUGCCGUUCUGGUCACCCCACUUGGUGCUUUAAGUAUAAUUAUCAGUGCUGUAUUAGCACACUUCAUGUUGGAGGAACGGCUGCAAAAAAUGGGUGUUCUAGGAUGUGUCACAUGCAUUUUUGGGUCAGUGGUGAUUGUAAUUCAUGCACCUCAAGAGCAUGCUCCAAGUUCUAUACAAGAAAUCUGGACUCUGGCAACACAACCAGCUUUUCUGAUUUAUGUGGCUGCAACACUUUUAAUAGUGUUAGCUCUUGUGCUGUACUUUGAACCUCGCUAUGGGCAGACAAACAUAUUGGUCUACUUGGGAAUAUGUUCUUUAAUGGGUGCACUUACGGUUGUGAGCAUAAAAGCCAUUGGAAUUGCAAUAAAACUUACACUAGAUGGAAUAAAUCAAAUUGCUUAUCUUCAAACUUGGUUUUUUCUCACGGUAGCAGCAAUCUGUGUCAUUACACAGUUGAACUAUUUGAAUAAGGCCUUGGAUACAUUCAAUGCGGCAAUUGUUUCUCCAGUAUAUUAUGUGAUGUUCACAACUCUGGCAAUUAUUGCAAGUGCAAUAAUGUUCAAGGAUUGGUCUGGUCAGGAUGUGAGCAGCAUUGCCUCUGAGAUAUGUGGUUUCAUUACUGUGGUUUCAGGAACAAUCAUACUUCAUGCAACAAGAGAACAGGAACCGGCUACUCCUCCAGCAGGAACUGUAACAUGGUCUGUCAGUGGUGACUCAGUAAAGAGUGCUGAAAAUGAACACUUAAUUACUAUACACAGUUCAGAUUACUACGUGCAAUGAGAUUUUCCUUUAAGUGAAUUAUGAAGAGUUUAAUUUCCUACCCGGCAUCAAGAAUCCAAAUUUUGGAGGGUCGAGAGAUUCCUCAUUUUACAACCUUUUGGUAAAUUCUGCAUAUGCCUCUUCUGGACACGCUGUAAUACAAAUCCCAGAAUAUCUAUGUUUGUGGAUAUGAAGUUCAGCAUAUGGGUUGACGAUUACAUUGCAGUAUCAACAACAAUGCAGAGACAUAAUCUCACAACAGUGCUGAGAAAACUGAGAGCUGACAUUCUGAAGUAAAAGUUGGGGAUGGGCAUGCUGAUGAGAGACUUGACAGCGGAAACAUUGAAGUGAAUUGAGUAUGGAAAUUGAGAAAUGUGAAGGAAGGAAAUUAUACUAUUUCCAUAACUUUUACCACGGUGGGAUGCUGCAAUUAGACAAUUUUGAACUGUGCUUUGGGACUAGUCCUUGAAGCUCAAAGAAGGAUGUAGAAAGUCGCAUUUUGGGUGUAUAAAGAUGGGUUUGAAAUUAUACAAGAGUCGAUUUUGUAUGAAGAUUCCAGUUAUAAAAACAAUGUGGGGUUGCUUGUCUAGUCAAUUAUUAAUCAUUCAAUCAUAUAGUGGUAUGUUGAGCACAUUAUUUAUAUAUAUAAUCUUAUUGAUUAAUCAA